AUGGCAGAUAUCAAUGUUGAAGAAGUGCUGAAGAAGCUCACAUUGGCCGAAAAGGUCGACCUGCUGGCAGGUAUCGACUUUUGGCACACAAAAGCCCUCCCAAAACAUGGCAUCCCCUCACUUCGCAUGUCUGAUGGUCCCAACGGUGUAAGAGGCACAAAGUUCUUCAAUGGCGUCCCCUCAGCAUGUUUCCCGUGCGGCACAGCACUCGGAUCUACCUUUAACCAGGAGCUUCUUCAAGAGGCAGGCAAAAAGAUGGGAGAAGAAGCGCUUGCAAAGAGUGCGCACAUCAUUCUUGGCCCGACAAUCAACAUGCAGAGAUCUCCUCUGGGAGGCCGCGGCUUCGAGUCCAUUGGCGAGGAUCCAUUCCUGGCUGGACUUGGUGCCGCUGCUCUCGUCCGGGGCAUUCAGAGCACUGGUGUACAAGCCGCCAUAAAGCACUUUCUAUGUAACGAUCAGGAGGACAAGCGAAUGGGUGUUCAGAGCAUUGUUACUGAGCGAGCAUUGCGUGAGAUUUACGCUCUUCCAUUUCAGUUGACUGUGCGGGACGCCAAGCCAGGUGCCUUUAUGACAGCCUACAAUGGCAUCAAUGGCAUAAUGUGCAGCGAGAAUCCCAAGUAUCUGGAUGGUAUGCUUCGAAAGGAGUGGGGAUGGGAGGGUCUCGUCAUGAGUGACUGGUAUGGAACGUAUAGCACAACUCCGGCCGUCGUCGCCGGUCUCGAUCUGGAGAUGCCAGGCCCAGCUCGUUUCCGUGGCGAGGCCCUCAAGUUUAAUGCCUCCACCAACAAGCCGUUCACUCAUGUCAUUGACGAACGUGUUCGUGCUGUCUUGCGGCUUGUCAAGAAGGUUUCUGGACUAGGAAUUAAGGAGUUUGGUCCGGAAAGGGAAGUGAAUACCCCCGAGACGGCUGCUCUGCUCCGAAAAAUUGGCAACGAGAGCAUCGUCCUACUCAAAAACGAGAACAACGUCUUGCCGUUGAAAAAGGAUAAAAAGACCUUGGUCAUUGGUCCAAAUGCCAAAACAGCAACUUACCACGGUGGUGGCUCGGCAGCCCUGCCCGCAUAUUAUGCGGUAACUCCGUACGACGGUAUUUCUGAGAAGCUGGGCUCUGCUCCCGCUUACACUGUUGGAGCCUAUACUCAUCGUUUCCUCCCUCUUCUUGGUCCUCAAUGCACCGACCCCAAUGGCAAGCAAGGCAUGCGAUGGACUGUCUACAACCAGCCUCCAGGUACCCCCAACCGCCAGUCUGUCGACACGCUGUACUUCAGUAAGACGGAGAUGCACCUUGUUGACUACAGCAACCCCAAGGUAGCAGACAUAUGGUACGCCGACAUGGAAGGCUCUUUGGUAGCAGAGGAAGACUGCACCUAUGAGUUGGGAGUCGUCGUAUCUGGAACAGCCAAGGCGUUCGUCAACGAUAAGCUCAUUGUAGACAAUGCGACAAAGCAGGUUGCUGGAGAUGCCUUCUUCGGGGCAGCUACACGUGAGGAAAGAGGUCUCGUUGAGUUGAAGAAGGGCGAAACUUACAACUUCCGCAUCGAAUUCGGGUCUGCACCUACUUUUACACUCAAGGGCGAUGCCUAUGUACCUGGCCACGGAUCUCUCCGCGUCGGUGGAUGCAAGGUGAUUGAUGAUCAAGAGGAAAUCAAGAAAUCUGUCCAGUUAGCCAAAGAGCACGACCAAGUCAUCAUCUGCGCCGGCCUAAACUCUGAUUGGGAGACCGAAGGUGCUGACCGAGCCAGCAUGAAGCUGCCCGGUGUUCUGGACGAGCUAAUCGCCCAAGUUGCCGCAGCUAACCCAAAUACUGCCGUCGUCAUGCAGACCGGCACACCUGAGGAGAUGCCAUGGCUUGCGCAAACUCCUGCUGUUGUUCAGGCUUGGUAUGGAGGCAACGAGACGGGUAACUGCAUUGCUGACAUCUUGUUCGGUGAUGCCAAUCCCUCUGGAAAGCUGUCCCUCAGCUUCCCCAAGAAACUGCAGGAUGUACCGGCCUUCCUCAACUACCGCACCGAGGCGGGGCGAACUCUGUAUGGAGAAGACGUAUACGUCGGAUACCGAUACUACGAGUUUGCGGAGCGUGAAGUCAAUUUCCCCUUUGGCCACGGGCUCUCUUAUACCACCUUUACAUUCUCCGAUCUGUCAGUUACCUCCACGGAUGGCAAGGUGACGGCAACGUUGAAAAUAAAGAAUACUGGAGCUAUCAAGGGCUCCGAAGUUGCCCAGAUGUACAUCCAGCCUAAGCAGGCAGCCAAGAUAAAUCGCCCUGUCAAAGAACUCCGCGGUUUCACCAAGGUUGAGCUCGAUGCUGGCGAAACCAAGACCGUCACCAUCAGCGAACUGGAGAAAUACGCAGCCGCAUACUGGGACGAGGAACGGGACCAGUGGUGCGUCGAGGCUGGCGAAUAUGACGUUAUCGUCAGCGACAGCAGCGCUCUUACAGAUGGAAAAGUUGUCAAGGCUUCAUUCAAGGUUGGCGAGUCGUACUGGUGGAAUGGGGUUUAG